AUGACCACCGCUUUCGCUAGUAUCCCGCUUCCGAUAAAGCCAUCUGGUGGCCGCCCGCUCCCUUAUGCCUGUGCUGCCCCUACAUUCCCGAGCAUUAGCUGCGGCUCGUCGCCGUCGAAGAUCGCAACCGAGAACCAAUGGUUUCGCAGCAGCGGCGGCGGGUCCAGACCUCAGCCGCCACCGCAUCGGUCACAGGCCUCUCGUUUGAACAGCUCCUCGUCGGCGUCCUCUGCCAUCUAUGGUGGGCCCGGCGGCGAGGCUUACAAGACAGCGGAUGAAGGUGCAGGCGAGAUGACCCGCCAGCCCGUCUACGAGACAUCGUUAGACACACGUGUCAAGCAGCGAGAACCCGACCAGGGCCCGGACCGACCGGCCCAGAGUCCCGCGAUCACCCUCCUCGGGCCGCAGCAGCAGCCGCGUGCAGGUCCACCCCACCCGGUGCCGCCAUCGCCCUCGCCCCCGGGAGUGUCAGCCACACCAGGCCACAAGGGAGGCACCACAAGACAGCCCCCACCGCAGGACGCCCGCCUCCCGAAGCGACCACCACACCAGGGGAGCAGCCGCAGCGCCCGGUAUCCUCCAGUACCCAGCAGCAAGCAGUCCCAACACCCCAUGGUUACAGCAGCAGUGGCGGUGGCAAUCCCUCAGCACCGACUCCCGCCACCAGAGAUCACGACCCGGUGUUCAGGCAAGCGUCAGCGGCCAUUGACCAGAGACAUCCACCACCAUGGUCGCCCACCUCCGGGAACGCCCCCGCCCGGGCCAUCGCCGUCAAGUGCAGCAUCCACGCAGGCGUCAAGGCGCUCCCCCUAG